GUAAUACAAGGGAGAGGUGGAUGGGGGACAAAAAACUUGACGACUUGUACAAUAAUGGUCCAGUAAUACUGAAUGAGGAUUGGUUAAGUCUGGCGAAGCCAAGACUACUCGAGUGAGCCAAUUGUGAGAUAAAUGAAGAGGCGGAGCCUCACCAGGCAACAGGAGUUACUGACAGGUGAAGGAGGAGGCGAAGCCUCGAAGCCUGGGAUUGGUGGUCAGGAAAGAUUGACAGUGAGAAAGCGGAGCUCAUCUCACUUAGGGAUGCGGGAUGAAAGUAGGAAUGAAGAAGAGACACCUGGCGCCGAUGUCUCUCAUGAAUCAGCAUCAGCCGAGACUCGGCACUGAGACAGAGACGGCACCGG